AUGGACCGGCGCACACAAGGCAGCGAAUCGCCCGAUCUCAACGGGGAUGCCGACUCCGCGGCCGAGCCGGGGAGGACUUUAGGACGGAUCCGGGAGCUCACGCGGCGUGUGCGGAGCGCGCUGAGGGAGGCCGGCGCGGAUGCCGCGUUUAAGGAGUACGGCAGGGUUGCGGACCACGCUGCGCUGUGCCGGUCUUUGUUGAGGACGUCGCCGGAGUCUGGUGGUGGUGCAUCGGGGCACGAGGUUGAGGAGGAGGAGGAGGAGGAGGGGUUUGAGAUCGAUCCGCGGUCUUCUCUCAGCGGGAGGAGCUUACACUCCGCAGCGGCAGAGGCGGACGCGCGGCCGGAUGAGCGAAGGCACUCCGAUGACGACGGAGAGAAGAGGGAGUGUUUGGCUGCUAUCCGGGACUGGAAGGCCUGCGUCGAGGCGCUCCUGCAGGCCCUCCGGGGCUCGCUCGCCGAGACGUACCGCAGCUACGAGCCGGGCGCGACGCCGGAGAUGGUGGAGGCGCUGUUCGGGGACGUGGACUUCCGCGCCUCGGCGAUCCAGCAGAUGAGGAACGCGCGGAUCGGCGGGACGUUCUCCGGGGGCGGCGAGGGGUUCUCGAGGGCCAAGUACGACGUGCGCUUCCGGAACCACGACCGGGUCAAGAAGGACCUCGUCGAGGUCGUCCGGGCGUUGCAGAUGGCGGAGGCCGGGGAGAGCGGGGAGGCGGCGGUGGAGGAGGUGGAGAUCUCGGCGCGGGGCGACGCGGUGCUCGAGUUCGCGGACGAGAGGGGCCGGCCGGCGCUGCGGUUCCGGGUGUCGAGCUGGAUGCUCGCCGAGACGUCGCCCGUGUUCGAGAGGAUGUUCACGGGGCGGGCGAGCAUCGAGGUCUGGGACGACGAGGACCUGGAGGCCUCGCUGCCGGCGGAGGGCCCGCCGGGGACGUACACGUGUCGCGACGGGAGCGAGGCGAGGUUGUACAGGAUGCCGCAGGCGGAGCGGGACGCGGAGGGGUCGUUGACGACGCUGCUGCACGCGGCGCACAUGCACAACGAGCGGGUGCCGCGGGAGGUGAGCUUCGAGGGGUUCGUGGCGAUGGCGGAGACGUGUCUGCGGUACCGGUGCACGAGCCCGCUGGAGGUGUUUGUCGAGCACAGGUGGCUGCCGCUGUGGAUCCACAAGGGGAGUGAGGAGAUGCCGGACGGGAUGCUGGUCGUGAGUUACGUGUUUGGGUUCCGGCAGCUGUUUGCGCGGAUGAGCAAGACGGCGGUGCUGAAUGUUAGAGGGGAGGAGGAGGUGCGGGGGAAGAGGUGGCCGAGGAGGGUCAAGGAGAGGGUUUGGGGGUUGAGGGAGGCCAAGAUGGGGCAGGUUGAGGAUGCGUGCGCGGCGGCUUUGAGGGAGUAUUUGGUGAGGGAUGAGGGGGCUUCUGGCGGGAGAGGAGGUUGUGAGGAGGGCGCGGAGGGGGAGGCGGGGAUGUUCAUGGGGAGGCCGAGGUGUCCCAAGGGGAGCCACUGGUGCGACGCGACGAACUUGGGGUGGUUGAUGAUGACUUUCGGGGAGCUGGGGCUGUUGUCGACGGUCAUGAAGGGGAGCGCACUCGGGGACUCGCAGCAGACACCGCCGACAAGGAAGGGGAGGAGCCUCGCGGAGCUCGUGGAUCAGCUCAGGACCAUCGAGAGCCCGCCGCAGGCCGUCCACAAGGGGGCCGCGUGCGACCCGGCGGCGAGGUUCAGGGCGGCCGUGAGCGACAUCUACAACAGCGUUUCGGGGCUCACAUUGUUCGAGGUCAGCGGGCGCGCGCACGGGUGGGGGUUGAGCAGGCACCGGUCGGGGCAGGUGCAGGCGGUGCUGCCGCGGGUGCUGAGGGGGAUUUGGGAGCGGACGGAGGUGAAGGAGGAGGGGGAGGAGAGUCGGCGGAACGGGAACGGGAGCGGGAACGGGACGCUCGGGGUCACGGACGAGGUGAGGUUGAUGAUUCUAAGGGCGACGCGGAGCGUGGAGGAUUUGCGGGCCACCGCUGUUGUCGAUAAGGGGUUCUGGGGGGUGUAUAAGGAGAACGAGGGGAGUUUGACGAGAAGGUUCGUCAAGGCGCAUCGGAGGCACACGCUGAUGAAGUUGACGAGUAUGGAUGUUGUUGAAAAGCGGGAGGAGAAAGUGACCAAAACGGAGGGGGAUGUGUUGAAGAUGGAGGUGGAGGUGGAGGUGGAGGCCGGAGCUGCGAUGGUUGUCGACGGCGUUAGAGAAGACCCAAGGCCAUCAUCGGCUCCCGGGUACGAAGUUGCUCACGUUUCGAAUGCUCUGAGCGAGGAAGAGGUCGAGCGGAUCCUGUGGCCCGAUUCGUUGCCGCCUCCGGAGGCUCUGCAGUCCGGUGAUGAUAUGAAGGAGAAGUUCAGGCGGAGCGAUCCGGCAUUUACUGAGGGCAAGAUGCUGCUCCGGGUGGAGGACAAGCAGUUGCGGGAGCAGAGAGAUAUUAGGGUCGGGCUUGUUAGGGAUGGUGGGUGA